GGACCACCUACACACAGACUGUCCUGUGGCCAGUCCCCCUACACUGAAACGACAACAUGGGAGAGGAAAUACUGCAUCCUGACAGACAGUCAGUUGGUGCUGCUCAACAGGGAGAAAGAGGUGCCUAUCGAUGGGGUCCAAGAGCCGCAGGCGGAUGCUACCAAAGGGCGCUGCCUGCGCCGGACAGUGAGUGUCCCCUCCGAGGGCCAAUUCCCCGAGUACCCGCCAGAGGGGGCCACCAAACUAGAGGUCCCAGCAGAGAGAUCUCCUCGCAGGCGGAGCAUCUCCGGGACCAGCACCUCUGAGAAAACCAACUCCAUGGAUGCUUCGAAUACUUCUCCUUUCAAAGUGCCAGGCUUCUUCAGUAAACGUCUGAAAGGGUCCAUCAAGAGGACAAAGAGUCAGUCAAAGCUGGACAGGAACACAAGUUUCCGUCUCCCAUCUCUCCGCAGUGCUGAUGACAGGUCACGUGGAUUGCCAAAGCUGAAAGAGUCCCGUUCCCAUGAGUCUUUACUGAGCCCAGGCAGCGCUGUGGAGGCCCUGGAUCUUGGGUCAGAAGAAAAAGUCUUUGUCAAACCACUACACAGCAGUAUCCUUGGACAAGACUUCUGCUUUGAGGUAACCUACUCCAGUGGCAGUAAAUGCUUCAGUUGUUCCUCUGCAGCAGAGAGGGACAAGUGGAUGGAAAACCUACGCAGAACAGUGCAGCCAAAUAAGGACAACUGCCGUCGAGCUGAAAAUGUGCUCCGUCUCUGGAUUAUUGAGGCAAAGGACCUGGCCCCCAAAAAGAAAUACUUCUGUGAGCUGUGCCUUGAUGACACUCUCUUUGCCCGCACCACCAGCAAAACAAAAGCAGAUAACAUUUUCUGGGGAGAGCACUUUGAGUUCUACGGUCUACCACCUCUUCACAGCAUCACAGUUCACAUCUACAAGGAUGUGGAGAAGAAGAAGAAAAAGGACAAGAACAAUUACGUAGGCCUGGUCAACAUUCCCAUGGCCAGCGUAACCGGUCGCCAGUUUGUGGAAAAAUGGUACCCAGUCAGCACGCCCACGCCCAACAAGGGGAAAUCAGGGGGACCUUCCAUUCGGAUAAAGUCCCGUUAUCAGACCAUCACCAUCUUACCCAUGGAGCAAUACAAAGAAUUUGCAGAGUUUGUUACCAGCAACUACACUAUGCUGUGCUCUGUGCUGGAACCUGUGAUCAGCGUAAGGAAUAAGGAAGAGAUGGCUUGUGCUUUGGUGCACAUUCUUCAGAGCACUGGGAGAGCUAAGGACUUCUUGACGGAUUUGGUGAUGUCUGAGGUAGAUCGUUGCGGGGAGCACGAUGUCUUGAUCUUCAGGGAGAACACACUUGCUACCAAAGCUAUUGAGGAAUACCUAAAGUUGGUAGGGCAGAAGUAUCUUCACGAUGCACUAGGGGAGUUUAUCAAGGCUUUGUAUGAGUCAGAUGAAAACUGUGAAGUGGAUCCCAGCAAAUGUUCAUCCAGUGAAUUAACAGAUCAUCAGAGCAACCUGAAAAUGUGUUGUGAGCUGGCCUUCUGCAAGAUUAUCAAUUCUUACUGUGUAUUUCCUCGUGAGCUGAAGGAGGUAUUUGCAUCUUGGAAGCAGCAGUGCCUGAACAGGGGCAAGCAGGACAUCAGUGAACGCCUGAUCAGUGCUUCCCUCUUCCUCCGCUUCCUGUGCCCUGCUAUCAUGUCCCCCAGCCUCUUUAGCCUCAUGCAGGAGUAUCCUGACGACCGGACAUCUCGCACACUCACACUUAUUGCUAAAGUCAUUCAGAAUCUCGCCAAUUUUGCUAAGUUUGGUAACAAGGAAGAGUAUAUGGCCUUCAUGAAUGACUUUUUGGAACAUGAGUGGGGAGGAAUGAAGCGUUUUCUCCUGGAGAUCUCUAAUCCAGAUACCAUCUCAAACAUGCCUGGAUUUGAGGGCUACAUCGACCUGGGCAGAGAGCUCUCAGUUUUGCAUUCCCUCUUAUGGGAGGUUGUGUCCCAACUUGAUAAGGCGACCGUGGCAAAACUGGGACCUCUUCCUCGUAUUCUUGCUGAUAUCACCAAAUCAAUGACCAACCCUACGCCGAUACAGCAGCAGCUGAGGCGUUUCACUGAGCACAGCUCUAGUCCAAACGUCAGUGGCAGUCUCUCCUCAGGGCUUCAGAAGAUAUUUGAGGACCCCACUGAUGGUGACUUGCAUAAGCUGAAGUCUCCAACCCAGGAAAAUGUAGAUGGAUAUUUUAGGGGCAAGACCUUACUGUUGCAGGCGUCCACCCAGAGCAUGACUUACUCAGAUAAGGAUGAGAGGGAAAGCAUCCUGCCCAAUGGACGUAGCAUCUCUCUCAUGGACCUCCAAGAUCCUCACACGGCUCACAGUGACCAUGCUUCUAUAAUGCACGACGUGCCUUUGCGCUUGGCCGGCAGCCAGCUCUCUAUCACACAGGUGGCGAACAUCAAACAGCUGUGGGAAACUCAGAGCACACCCCAGAGCGCUCCCCAGGUGAGAAGGCCUCUGCACCCGGCUUUAAACCAACAGGGCAGCCUCCAGCCUCUGUCGUUCCAGAACCCGGUUUACCAUCUCAACAACCCAACCCCGCCGAUGCCGAAGGCCUCCGUGGACUCCAGCCUGGAGAACCUGAGCACCGCCAGCUCCCGGAGCCGAAGCAACAGCGAAGACUUCAAACUUAGCGGCCCCAGCAACAGCAGCAUGGAGGACUUCACCAAGCGCAGCACGCAGAGCGAGGACUUCUCCCGGCGCCACACGGUCCCGGAUAAGCACGUCCCCAUCGCGCUGCCCCGCCAGAACAGCAGCAGCCAAGCACAGAUCCGCAAAAUGGACCAAGCUGGGCUGGGCGCCAGAGCCAAAGCACCGCAGUCCUUGCCGCACAGCGCUUCCUUGCGGAGCACGGGCAGCAUGUCGGGAGUGUCGGGGGCCAUGGUGACUGAACCCAUUCAGAAUGGGAGCCGGUCCCGGCAGCAGUCCUCGUCCUCAAGAGAGAGCCCUGUCCCAAAGGUGAGGGCAAUCCAGAGGCAGCAAACGCAGCAGGUUCAGUCGCCUGUGGACUCUGCCACAAUGUCACCAGUGGAAAGGACAGCUGCGUGGGUUCUCAAUAAUGGACAAUAUGAAGAAGUAGAGGAGGAUGCAGAGCAGAAUCCAGACGAAGUCAAGCAUGCUGAAAAGUAUGAACAAGAGAUAGCGAAGCUGAAGGAGCGCCUGAAGGUGUCGAGCCGCCGGCUGGAGGAGUAUGAGCGGCGGCUCCUGGUGCAAGAGCAGCAAAUGCAGAAGCUGCUGAUGGAGUACAAGUCAAGGCUGGAAGACAGUGAGGAGAGACUGCGCAGGCAACAGGAGGAGAAGGACAGCCAGAUGAAAAGUAUCAUCAGCAGACUCAUGGCAGUUGAAGAGGAGCUGAAGAAGGAUCAUGCAGAGAUGCAAGCUGUCAUCGAUGCAAAGCAGAAAAUUAUUGAUGCACAGGAGAAGCGGAUCGUGUCCCUGGACUCUGCCAACACGCGGCUGAUGAGUGCCCUGACGCAGGUGAAGGAGCGCUACAGCAUGCAAGUCCGCAAUGGCAUCUCCCCCACCAAUCCCACCAAGCUUUCCAUCACGGAGAAUGGUGAAUUCAAAAACAGCAGCUGCUAA